AUGAUUCUUCAAGAUAAAAAGUUCUAUCUUGUCACUAGAUCGUCUGGAUUAACAUGGCAAAGUAAAUCAACAAUCAAAAAGAUAUUAGAAGACAAUGGUGCAAGUAUAGGUUUUAGUAUCAUUGCAAAGUCUACUGAUUAUGUUGUCAUUAUUAGUGACUCUGUAAACGCCAAUAAGAAGAAACCAACUAUUGCUGCACCAAAUCCUUCAUUAUAUUCAAUCUAUACUAAAGCUAAAAAGUGUAAUGUACCAGUUGUUACUGAUGACUUUAUAUUCAAAUGUAUUGUUCAAUCUACAUUAUUGGAUCAUUCAUUGUUUGUUGUUGAUAAUGUACUCGAGAAUGGUAUUGUCAUGGAAAAGAAUCAUUUGCAAGAUGUAUUGGGUAUGGACUUUUCUGGAUUCGAUGAUGAUAAAUUGGAUGAUGAUGAAAGUGUCUAUAGUGAAUUCAUGAUGGAUGAUUUAUUGACUGGAUGGGAUGAGCAACAAUCAUCAUCAUCAUCAACACCAUCAGAGGAAGAUUCAUCAACAUUUGAACAAUUGGAUCUCGAAAAACAAUGGAUAGAAUUUGAUGAAGAAAAAGAGAAUACUGAAAUGUUUAACAUUGAAUAUCCACAUGAUAAAGAACACAUCAUUCAAGAAAAUUAUCUUAAACCAAUUCAAGAGAUUAAUGGAUAUGCAUAUUAUUAUGAUGAAGGAACUAAAGUGUUAACAUUUAUAGGUCUUCCAUCUCAAUUGAAAAAGAUUAAUAUUAAUCAUGGUGGAUUUACUACUUUUAUUGAUAAUAAAAAGAAUUUAUAUGCAUGGGGAAAAUUUACACCAAAUAUAUCAUAUGGAUCAAUUAGAAAAUUAUUGGCCAUUGAAGAUGGACCAGAAUCAGACGAAGAUGAUUUACCAUUUGGAAGAGAAGUUAGAUUCAAUCAAGUGGCAUCAUGUCAUAGAAACUUUGUUUCUAUUGAUGAAAAAGGAAGUGUAUGGUAUUUGGAUACUAAAAAACAAUCUUAUAGCGAAGAAGAGCAUGAGAGAUACAAUCUACCAUCUCGAUCCUACAGAAUGUUGACUCGAUUACCACAACACAUUGGAUCAAAUUAUCGUGCCGUAUCGGUAUCCUGUGGAUACGAUUUUUGUGCCAUGUUGCUUAGCAAUCAACGUGUUGUCACAUGGGGACGUAACAAUGUCGGACAACUUGGUAGAAAAGCUUCUUCCAUUCAUCAUAAUCCACCUGGUUUGGUUCAACUCGAAAACAUUACAUCAAUUUCUUGUGGUGAUCAACAUACAAUGGUUAUCUCCUCCUCUACCACUGCUAGUAAUCGAGAUAUCUAUUCUUGGGGAAAGAAUGAUAGUAGACAACUUGGUGUUAAAUUACUUAGUUUUACUAGUACUCCUCAAAAGGUCUACUCACAACACAAUCUUGAACUAAAGGUAUUUUGUUCUAGCGAUUAUUCAAUUAUAAUGCAAGAACCAAAUACCCUUAUCUUACACACUACAAAAAGAACUUUUCCAAAAGAAUUCCAAUUACUUGGUGAAAUGGAUAUAAAAGAUUAUGAAUUGUUUAAUUGUAACAAGUAUCUUGGUAUUAGAUUAGUUGGAGCAUAUCAAAAUGCAAAAGGAUUGGUUUAUAAUAACAAGGUUGACCUUUUAAAGAGUUAUCUUGAUGAAAAAGAACAUACUAUAUCUGUUACUCAAAUAUGUAGUUUGAUUCAUACAGCUGUUCGUUUUGAUCAUUUAGAAGCAUUUAAAUUAUUAUUUGCAAGAUACCCAUCUUCAAGAAUUGAGUAUAAUACAAAUAGUACCGUCAUUCAUACUUGUGCUCAAUAUAAUUCCAUUAAAGUUUUAAGAUACAUUUUAAGAAAUCGUUUGGAAAAUUUAAAUACUGUAGAAUUAACUGAAGGUUCUACUGCUUUACAUAUUGCUUGUGAAAAAAAUUAUUUUGAUUCAGCAUUAUUAUUAUUAGAAUUUGGAUGUGAUAGAAAUGUAAAGAAUACAAAGGGAUCUACACCAUUCCAUUUUGCUGUAAAGAAUUACCCAGUUGGUGUAUUGAUGGCACAAAAGGGAGCACAAAAUAUUCCAGAUCGUUCGAUGAAGACACCUCUGCAAUAUGCAGUUGGAGAGGAAAAGGCAUUCCUUCAAAGCCUUUUAUUCACCAAUGAAAUAUUCCUCAGUUAUGCUCACAAGGAUUCUGUGUUUGUCAAGGACCUCCGUCUUAGUUUGGAGGAGAGUUCUCUUAGAUGUUGGUUGGACGAGUACCGUUUGCAAGCCGGUUGCAACUGGCGUUCCGAAAUUACAAAGGGUGUUCAAGGUAGCAAUGUGGUGUUGUUUACCAUUUCACCAACCUCUAUCAACUCGCUUUGGUGUAGAAAGGAGCUUAAAAUGGCCAAACGACUAUGCAAGCCUGUUGUUGCGCUCUACUAUUUCAAUCUCGAUAUUGAUCCUGUACUACACGGUCUCUUUGACUAUGAAAUUAGAUUCGCCGACAACAAGGCAUGGGCUGAUUUGGAUGCACCACAACGUCGUGUCGAGUUGGAACGAGUUGGCAAGAUUGUAAAGUCGAUCGACAACCGUACACCAUGUAAUGCCAAGAACCAGUUUGACAAGGUUGACACAUACAACAAGUUUGCCGACCGUUCAAUCUACAUUAGUUUUACCGAAGCUGAUCAUUCGCUAGAGUGGCUCACCAAGGAGGGUCUCUUGACACGGUCACUCCCAUUGACUGACCGUGACGAGAUUCAAGAUGGUGGGGCAUCCCGACUGGUCAAACUCGAGCAAGAACGUUCAAAAAAGAAAAAAGAGGAAAAGGAACAAAAACAAAAACAAAAACUACAUCUUGUCGAACAACAAAAGAAGAAAUUAGAGAAACAACACCAACAGUUUUUGGCCAACUCUAGUGCCAACGAUGCAGCCAAUGAUGAUCAGUCACUCAAAGAACAAGUAGAACAAAUCGAUGAGGUUGCAAGAGCCAAUUACUAUCGCAACCUCUAUUCUUUCUCUGAAGAAUCUUUUGAACAGAUUCAUGUUCAAGAAUUUCACACCGAGGAUCACUCCAACACUGCCGAAGAUCCUGAAAAGGAAAUUGCACAUCUCAAGCAAUACAUCAAUAAUAGUAUCCUUCAUUUGGUUAUUUACACUGACAAGACCAAUGAUUCAUUGGAAGAGAUUAUUCAAGAGGUUAAAUACUCUCUUGGUCAAUCCAAAACCAUCUAUAUUGUCACCAAUAAUUACUCUCAAAACUUUACCAAGUGUCAAAAUGAAACAAUCAAAUCACUGCCGUGGGUAGAAAUCCAGUAUCAACUAGAAGAAGAAUUCUAUGAUAAAAUUGUAUCAGUUUAUGAAGUCAUUGAAAAAACAUUUACAACUAUGGCAAAGAUCAAUCAUCUUGUCCUUGAAAAAGAAAGAAAUAAAUUGUAA